AUGGUUGUGCGCUCAAUUACCACGUCUGCGAAUCCGCGUCCGAGAGAACAACAAACCAGACUUGUUUUCCCUGCUCCGAUCAUCGCAGGGCAGAGGCGGACUUUAGCAACCGUUCAAAAUGUCAACCCAGACGACAGAGGCCCAAUCCAGGAGUACGAGGCUCGGGUGGCGGCAGGGCGAUUGAGGGACGACGAGCACCAAAGAGGCAUCAUAGAGAGUUUGCAACACCUCCACGAUGAACUCCGAAGUUACAACGCGCCACCAACUGUUCACCCCACCAUCGAGUCCCUUAAACCAGAACCCAAGUCCAUGUUUGGACGCCUUUUUGGAAAUACACCGAAGGAGCAAAAGUUAAAGGAAAUUCCAGAUAAUCUGCCGCGAGGCCUGUAUUUGUAUGGCGACGUGGGGAGUGGGAAAACCAUGUUGAUGGACUUGUUCUAUGAGACGCUACCUAGCAGCGUACACUCAAAGACGAGGAUCCACUUCCAUAAUUUCAUGCAGGAUGUUCAUAAACGGUUACAUAAAAUGAAGCUGGAGCAUGGGAAUGACAUUGAUGCGGUACCUUUUGUGGCAGCAGAUAUAGCGGAAAAGGGGAACGUUCUUUGCUUUGACGAGUUUCAAUGUACAGAUGUGGCAGAUGCUAUGAUUCUAAGACGGCUUCUCGAAGCUCUUAUGUCUCAUGGGGUUGUCCUAGUCACAACCUCCAACCGUCACCCAGAUGACCUCUACAAGAAUGGCAUCCAGCGAGAAUCCUUCAUCCCUUGUAUCAACCUUCUCAAAAACAGACUCCAUGUUAUAAACCUCGACUCGCCAACCGACUACCGUAAUAUCCCCCGCCCCCCGUCUGGCGUCUACCACGCUCCACUGGACAAGCACGCCCAUUCCCACGCUGAAAAGUGGUUCCGCUUCCUGGGUGAUCCACACCAGGACCAACCACGAGCAGAAACGCAACGAGUAUGGGGCCGAGAAAUCCACGUCCCGAAAGUUAGCGGGAGAGCCGCCAUGUUCACGUUCGACGAGCUGAUCGGGAGACCGACGAGCGCGGCUGAUUAUAUCGAGCUGAUGCGCAGCUACGAUGCUUUCGUGGUGACCAACGUUCCCGGAAUGACCUACCGUGAGCGAGACUUAGCACGCCGCUUCAUUACUUUCAUCGACGCCGUGUACGAGUCUCGAGCCAAGCUCGUACUCACCACGGCCGUGCCUCUUACUCAACUUUUCCUCUCGAAAGAAGAGGUCAAGGAGAGUGUCCAGCGGGACAAAGAGGACAAGAAGGGCCAAGCUGAGGAUGGACACGAUAUCGACGAUACGAUGAGGAACUUGAUGGAUGAUCUUGGAAUGAAUAUGAAGAUGCUGAAAAGCAGUUCUAUUUUUAGCGGUGACGAGGAGAGAUUCGCGUUUGCGAGAGCGCUGAGCAGACUCAGCGAGAUGGGGAGUCGGGAGUGGGUUGAGCGUGGAAUGGGUCUCGAGAAAGACGGCGGCAAGCAGGAGAAAGAUAGUUGGCAGCGAGUUCGAAGCAGGCAGAUGGAGGAUAGCAUGUGA